AUAAAAAAGACAACAAAGAUUUCAUCGAAGUUAGGAAAAAAUCAGUAAUUCCAUUGCAAAACAAGGCUGUAAAUUCCUUUAUAUCAGUGUUAGUUUUCCGCAAUUUUUGUUAUCUGUGGAGAGCCAAUUGGAUAUGGCCAUGGACGUAAUAAAUAAAUUUUACUCAACAGUACAUACGACAGUAUCACAGCUGUCUGGUGUUCUUCCAGGGAACAACGUCACCAGAGAAUAUGAAGUGCUGGAGCAGGUGUGUACAGCAGGUGUAGGGCUUAUGUGGAAGGUGUACAAUGGCUACAAGAAGAGCACGAAACAGGAAGUCUCUGUAUUUGUAUUCGAAAAGAAAAUGUUGGAGCGCUGGUCAAAAGAUGAUCGAGAAGCAAUGUUGGAAACAUUAAGACGUGGGGUGCAACAGUUAACAAAAAUACGACAUCCACACGUGUUGACUGUUCAACAUCCGCUUGAGGAGUCACGCGAUUCCUUGGCGUUUGCAACGGAGCCAGUAUUCGCUUCGUUGGCCAAUGUUGUGGGUGAUUCUGUACGUUCGGAUAAAAAACUCUAUGAUGUUGAGAUACGUCAUGGACUAUUGCAACUAUUUGACGGUUUGUCAUUUUUACAUAAUGACGCCAAAAUUGUGCACCGUAAUAUAUGCGCAGAAACUAUUGUGAUCAAUAAAAAUAGGAGCUGGAAAUUAUUUGGUUUUGACUUCUGCAUAGCUAAUCAGCCUGCGACUGAUGGUAAAACCUUUUGGCCAUGCCGCGAGUACUCUACUUCUGUUCAUGUCCUAGCUCAACCGAGUUUGGAGUACUGUGCCCCUGAAAUAGCAUUAAAUGCUAUAAAUAGCACCGAAAGUGACCUAUUCUCUUUAGGUGUAUUAAUAUUCACAAUUUAUUCGGGUAAACCGUUAAAAAUGUUUGGUAGUGAUUAUAGUUCAUUUCGUCGAUACGCUGCCGAUCUCAAUCAACGAAAGUACCCGCCAAUGAAUAGUAUUCCCAGCGAUUUGAACGAAAGCUUAAGAGCUUUGUUGCAUCCAAGUCCACAUAUGCGCCCUCAAUUACAUGAAAUGAAACAGAUAGUAUAUUUCCAAGACGUUGGAGUUAAGACACUGAGCUACUUGGAUUCCCUUUAUCAAUGGGAUAAUUUACAAAAAUCCAAAUUCUACAAAGGACUUCCACAAAUCAUACCAACACUACCGCAUCGCGUUAACCUACAUUCCAUAUUGCCAUAUUUGGUAAAAGAAUUUGUGAAUUCGCCAAUGAUACCUUUUGUUUUACCUAAUGUAUUGCUCAUUGCUGAGAUGAGUAGUCAGAAAGAAUAUUGUGAACACAUCCUUCCUCAUCUGAAACCCAUUUUCAAAUUGACAGAUCCCAUACAAAUACUUUUAAUUUUCAUGCAAAAAAUGGAUCUCUUACUUAAGUUGACACCUGCUGAAGAAGUUAAGCUACACGUUCUACCACUGCUUUAUCGCUCAUUGGAAUGUGAUAUGCCGCAAAUACAAGAGUUAUGCUUAGGUGUGUUACCGACGUUUUCCAAUUUGAUUGACUACAACGCCAUGAAAAACGCAGUGAUACCACGAAUUAAGAAACUCUGCUUGCACAGUAGCAAUGUGUCGGUGAAAGUAAAUUGUUUGAUAUCGAUUGGUAAACUACUAGAAGAUCUAGAUAAGUGGCUGGUGUUGGAUGAAAUAUUGCCCUUCCUGCAGCAGAUACAAAGCCGCGAACCUGCAAUUAUUAUGGCUAUAAUUGGAAUUUAUAAAAUCGCCAUGACCAACACUAAGUUAGGUAUAACUAAAGAUGUAAUGGCGCAUAAAUGCAUACCGUUUUUAAUGCCACUCUGCGUUGAGAACGGUCUUACCAUCGCGCAGUUCAACACUAUUGUGGCGCUAAUUAAGGAAAUGUUCAGUCGGGUGGAGAAGGAACAACGUGAGAAAUUGGAGCAACUCUCAACUAUCCAAAGAGAAAACAAGCCACGUGAUGCUUCCGAGAUUUUGGCUACAGAAUUGGAACAAGGUACAAAAAUAAACACAAGUCUUAAUAGCGCUGUAAACAGCGACGAUGACAUGUUUUCGGGCUACUCCAUAACGCAACCAACGAAAAAAAUAAGUACAACACAAGCAGGUCAACAACAAAAAUUUAAAACAAACAACGAUGUGCUUAAGAUAUCACACAACGCACCGCCCAAACCAGACAUUCUUUCCUCUUUGAUGAAUUCGAAUCUGACCAAUUUGAGCAACUCCCCAUCGCCGAAGUCUGCUGCUACAGCUACAACUGCAGCCUCCCCCAUUGUAAAUCCGUAUGCAUUUAGUGGUGGUGGCAACAACUUGACCAGUCCCAACCAAGCGCGCUCAAAUGAUAGUUGGGCCAACAACUGGCAUAGCGCAAAUCCUUUAGUUAUGAACCAUCAGUUAGCCUCGCCUCAGGCUAUUAGCAGUAAUAGUAAUAACAAUGCAUCCUCUUUGGACAAUUUAGAUCCCUUCGGCGGUAGUAAUAAAAUCGUUAACGCCAGCAUGCAUAGACCGGCAGUGAAUUAUAUUUAUCCAUCUGGAUUUAAUGGUGGUGGUGGCGGCAGUGUUGGUGCCAGUAAUGGCAACGCUUUGAAUAGUAUGAAUAAUUUAACACCACUGCUACCACAACAGAAUACCACGCAGCAACAGUCACAAGAUAAUAAGAAUCUGAAUACAUUAUCACAACAAGAUAUUUUAAGUUUUCUCAAUUAAUUGACCAAUGCUAACCUAUGCGGAUUGGUGUAGAUUAUUUUACCGUGUUAGCUGGAAUGCUUCGUAUAGCAUACGUUUAAAGCUGUGUGGACUUUUAUAAUGACAAGUGUAAUAAUUAAUUCGCAUGUAUUUCUCAUGCAAGUUUUAGUUAUUUCUUGUAGGCAUAUUUCAGUGUAAAAAGUGCAAUUUUAUUUUGUUGUAGUUUGUUAAAAAAAUAUUAGUUGUACUCAUACUAAAGGGCAAAUUUCGCAUGUCAUUUUUAUAUCUGUAGCCGUGGUUUCAUUGAUUUUACGAAAGAACUUCAUUAGCGUUUUUAAAUGCCAAAGUAUUCGUACUGCAAUCCUAAUAAACAAAAAAUAAUAAUUGUAGAUUUCAUUAUAAUUACAUACAGUUUACGGUGGCGUUUCAUAUGCAUGUAACUUCGAAUGGUGUAAAGAAAGUUGAAAUUCGAUUAUGACGUUUGAUUGCAAACAAUAAUAUUUACAAUUUCAUUACACACGUUGCCAAAUUAUUGGCAGUUUAAGGAGAACAAACAAAAGAACGUAAAUAAAUAAAUAAAAAGUCAUGAACUGAUUGUUGUAUUAGACUAAGGAAAACCAUUCAACAAAGAUUACAGCUAUUGUAGGUCUAUGACUCAAUAGGUAAAUAAUCCUAGGUGUGAAUCCAAUAAUUUUACUGUUUUUAAACUAUCAUCGUGUGUGUUGAACAUUAUAUGAAAUUGUAAUUGCAAAAUUUAACUCCUUUUAAAUAUCCCUACAUCUUUUACCUGUUCAUGUGUUAUCCCUUUUAAAUAAAUGUAUUCUAUGGUGUAUACAAAUAA